AGCCGCGCGCUAAGGUCGCUGAAGCCGAGGACGUCAGACUCUGCAGUUCCCUGGAUUAUCCUUGCUGAGGCACUUGCAAUUUUUUUCCGCCUUAUUUGGGGAGGAUUUCGCUGCCUUCCGAAGGUCUUGACGAACGACUGGGUUCCGUAGGAAGGCUUUGGGCUCUCCGGCCUCGGACUUUGCAUUUUCUCCCUUGGAACUGUCGUGGGGCUGUUUUCCACUGUGGAUUAUAACUGCAACAUGACACUGGAAGAGCUCGUGGCGUGCGACAACGCGGCGCAGAAGAUGCAGACGGUGAGCGCCGCGGUGGAGGAGCUGCUGGUGGCUGCGCAGCGCCAGGACCGCCUCACCGUGGGGGUGUACGAGUCGGCCAAGCUGAUGAAUGUGGACCCUGACAGCGUGGUCCUGUGCCUCCUGGCUAUUGACGAGGAGGAGGAGGACGACAUCGCCCUGCAGAUCCACUUCACGCUCAUCCAGUCUUUUUGCUGUGACAACGACAUUGACAUCGUGCGGGUGUCAGGAAUGCAGCGCCUGGCACAGCUGCUGGGCGAGCCGGCCGAGACCCAGGGCACCACCGAGGCCCGGGACCUGCACUGCCUCCUGGUCACGAACCCUCACACAGACGCCUGGAAAAGCCACGGCCUGGUGGAGGUUGCCAGUUACUGCGAAGAGAGCAGGGAGAACAACCAGUGGGUCCCCUACAUCCCCCUCCAGGAGCGCUGAGACCCUGCCCGGCGUCAGAACCUGUUGCUGCCCAAAAACACGAUAAAAUAAAUAUUUGAUUCCCCCUCCCUCCCAGAACCCCCCCAAACAACCCAACCUAUGAGACCGUCGGGGGCAGGAUCGUUGGAGGCUGAAGACAGGAGAGGGAGUGCGCGGCCACCCCAGGGCGCCGGGGCUGGAGCAGCGCCAGCAGCGGCCACUGUGUGAGGAGAUGAUGGGACCCAGGCCAGCAAGAGAGGGGACCCUGGAGCUCAGGCCUGGCGACAGAGCAGAAGCUGGAGUGGGGGAGCUGUGCCCCCCCCCCACAGGAGGGCCGAGACUCCACACUUCAGGGGUGGGGUGGGACUGAGAGUACCCGCCCCCCUCCUUGAGACCAGAGCUGACAUGUGCAAACGGGCCUUUGUGGGCCGAGGGUCCGCACCCUGGCCAGGACAGUACUUUGGGACUUGGGAGACAGGGCUAUGUUGCUCUCUACCGGCGAACUCCCAGUCUGCAAACUAAAUGGACAAUCUAUUUUGUUACUUGCACUUGUUACUUGAAUCGGUGAAAGAAAGAUGGGAAGCUUACAGAUACAUAUAUUUUUACUUCUACUAUGAUGGCCUUGUAAUAAAUUGUUAAAGCUUC